AUGAGUUCUGUGAACAGAGCAGUGCUGCUGCUGCUGGUGGCGGCGAUCGGCACCAAGGCGGCCCCGGGCGCCGAGCACUGUCACGGUCUGAAGAAGCUGCCGACGUCGGACUUGCACAAGAUCGUGGGGGACUGGGUGCUGGUCUGGUCUGUCACGGACCAUCCAGAGGGCUGGGAUGUGCUGCCGAACAUCUCCAGCUCACACGUGGAAUUCAGACUUCACCGUGACAACCGCACGGUGCUUUUCAAGGAGAGGAACUUGCACCUCGACAAGUCGUGUUCCAAAUACAUCAUGAACUUCACGGUCACCGAAGCAGGAAACCACAUGCUGGACAUCAUCGCUGCCACGGUGGAGAUGGCCGGCCUUGUCAGUGACUUGAACCAAUCAAUACAGAUAGAUUUCUAUGAGAGCUGCUCCGAGUGUCUGAUGGUGAUCUACUCAUCCCCAUCAGGCCGAUACCUGCUCAACUACAAGAGGGAGGGGCAUCAUCACGACGUUGAGGAGAUGAAGUCACACCACGACACCCACAAGCAGCUGGCCGAGUGUCUGAGAAUCCCUCACGACCGCCACUUCAGCUACGACGGAGCUGCAGAUUUCUGUCACAGGAAAUCCUCUCCGGAGGCGGACAACGCUGCGACUGCGGAGCCAGUUCUUUCCUGA